UCAGGUUGGUGGUCCCAUUGUACUUUCCUCCACACAUCUGUACUGACCAGCCAGCAAAUCGGACACAAAAGCAAACUGGUGGGUUCACGAUGGCGCCAUGGACCAUGCUGUGUGUGCUGCUGCUGGCUGUCUUGUGUCAGUGCUCGGGGCCAACCAGCUCCACAGAGGAUCUGCAACCUUUACCACCCAAGGGGGCUUGCACCAACUGGAUGGGGGGUGCCCCAGGCCACCCUGGCUUCAAUGGGGCUCCAGGCCGGGAUGGGAGAGACGGUAUCAAUGGUGAAAAAGGGGAGAAAGGAGAUGCAGGUCUGCUGGGCCCCAAGGGCGACACUGGGGAAACGGGCGUUACAGGACUCGAGGGUCCCCGGGGAUUCCCCGGACUCCCGGGAAAGAAAGGCGAGCCGGGAGAGGCAGCCUACAGGUACCGCUCGGCCUUCAGCGUGGGGCUGGCCACGCGCGACCCGGUGCCCAACGUCCCCAUCCUCUUCACCAAGAUCUUCUACAACGCGCAGAACCACUACGACGUCACCACGGGCAAGUUCCGCUGUAACUUCCCCGGCCUGUACUUCUUCUCCUACCACCUCACGGUGUACAUGAAGGAUGUGAAGGUCAGCCUCUUCAAGAAGGACAAGGCGGCCAUCUUCACCUAUGACCAAUUCCAGGAAAAAAAUGUUGACCAAGCCUCAGGCUCCGUCCUCCUGCACCUGGAGUCCGGGGAGGAAGUCUGGCUCCAGGUGUACGGGGAUGGGGAGAACAACGGGCUCUACGCAGACAACAUCAAUGACUCCAUUUUCAGCGGUUUCCUUCUUUAUUACGAUGGCGAACAACCUUAAGAGAGCACCACAGGGGCAGCUAGAGGGCGCAGUGAUAGAGCACCAGCCCCGAAGUCAGGAGGACCCGAGUUCAAAUCCAACCUCAGACACUUAACACUGCCUGGCUGUGUGACCCUGAACAAGUCACUUAACCCCUAUUGCCUCAGGGGAAAGCCCCAAAGAAUCCCCUCGAAUCCACCGUAAAAGGCAAUCUAAUCUCCCACAGUUCUGACCUCCAUUAUCCUACCAGGGACACUGAACUUGGCUCAUUCAUUCAUUCAAUGUACUUUUUGGUUCCCUGUACUUGCUAUGUGGUCAGUCCAGUCCAGUCAUUAACCAAGAGAUGAGACAAUACUUAAAGUCUCAUGGGGACCACAGGUUGGGCUAAAGGGGAUCAAGAUUUAAACGUAAAAAAUAAAAGUGCAAGAAAGUGUCAAGCGACUGAUAUAGACACAAAAACAGGUAUUCCUGGUCACUUUGGGGUUUCCUUUUUAAUGGACAACGUUUUCUCUUCUUCACAAAGGGCAUAUCUGAAUAAGUUCCAUCAUGAACAACAUUCUUCCCUAACAACUCUCCCCUUGGAGAGGAUAGUUCUAUCCCCUAGCCCUAAUUCUCCCAUUAGGUCAAAAGAAAAUUUGGGAGAAUUGAUCUCUUUCUCUAAAAUCACCUUCCUUUUGUAUCCACACCUGCCAAAUUCCCCUCUUCAGGAGAAUGGAUUUAGAGUGAGAAAGGCCUUAGACACCAUGAGUCUAAUCAUCUUCUUUUACAGAUGAGGAAAUUGCUGGACUAAUUUUUUUUCUAGGAUUUUCACCAAAGUAGAAGCUGAUAGUGUUCUAUAAAUAUAUAAAAACUGAUCACCUGACUGGCUCAUAUUUAAAUCCUACAUAAUUCCUAAGCACACACCUAUAAUGAUAAAACUAGAGCCUUAUCUAUUCUUUGUCUUUUCAAAAUGUUUAAAAAUUUUCACGUCUACAAUUAACCUAAACAUUAGUACAAAUAAAAGCUUUGAACAAUGA